GGAAAAGAAAAAAAACACAGACUCACAAUUUGCACAUCUACUUGCAAGUAUGAAGUAGUUCGUCGAGUCGCAAGAAAGUUUGGCAUGAGAGAUGUUUCGGAGAAUGAACCAUGGAAUGUAUAUUGGACUGAUUUGUCAGUAUCCAUUGAAAGAGCAAAGGAUAUGAAGAGAUUCCAGAAGAUUAAUCAUUUUCCUGGAAUGUCUGAAAUUUGCCGAAAGGAUCUGCUUGCUCGUAAUCUUAACAGAAUGUUAAAAAUUUUUCCAAAAGAUUACAACUUCUUUCCCAAAACUUGGAGUCUUCCUGCGGACAUAGCGGACAUGUUAUCCUAUGCUCGUUCAAGACGUAAUCGGACUUACAUUUGCAAACCAGAAUCUGGUUGUCAAGGAAGAGGAAUAUUUAUAACCAGAAGUUUGAAAGAAGUCAAACUGUUUGACAGGGCAAUCUGUCAAAUCUACAUAUCGAAGCCAUUUCUGGUGGAUGGAUUCAAGUUUGAUCUCCGACUCUAUGUUUUGAUUACAUCUUGUGAUCCGCUUCGAGUAUAUGUUUACAAUGAUGGCCUUGUCAGAUUUGCAACAUGCCGGUAUCGAGAACCAACUCCUAGUAAUACAAGCAACGUGUUCAUGCAUCUGACAAAUUAUGCUGUCAAUAAGUACAGUCGUACCUAUGUUGUUGAUGAUGAAGCAGGUAGCAAAAGAAAGAUAUCUUCCUUAAACAAAUGGCUGGAGAAAAAAGAGUAUAAUGUUGAAGAACUUUGGCAGAACAUUGAUGAGGUCAUCAUAAAGACGAUAAUUGCUGCUCAUCCUGUCCUAAAACACAGUUAUCAUGCUUGUUUUCCGGGUCAUGACUACACAUACGCUUGCUUUGAACUUCUGGGUUUUGAUAUACUAUUGGAUUACAGGAUGAAACCAUAUAUUCUUGAGGUAAAUCAUUCUCCAAGUUUUCAUACUGAUGCCCAGAUUGAUCGAGACAUAAAGGAAAAUCUUCUAAUGGACACAUUUAAUAUUUUGAACCUAUGUCAAAUGGACAAAAGGAAAGUUAUGGAGGAAGACCGAAAACGUGUUCGAGAAAGGCUCCUUCAAGGAAUACUUCAUAAGGAUCAGAGGUACCUUUUAGCGCUGAUGACAAACUUAAAUAUUGGUACUCACCCACAUGACCACUGGAAGCAGCAGGCAGCAUGGGAAGAAAAGCAUACAGGAAAUUUCCGAAGAAUAUAUCCAUGCAAUGACAGUGAAAAGUAUGAGCAGUUCUUCAAUCAGACACAGAGCUCUGUUUUCCAAGACACAGCAGCUUCAAGAGCUCGUGAGGAAUGUUCCCGCCAACAGAGAGAGGAGAUAGAGCUGAAAGCCAAGGAAGAAGCAGCAAGACGACCAGGUGCAAAACCAAGAGACUGUGAUCAUGUGCAACCAGAAUCUCCCAUAAUUCAAGACAGCAACAAGAUAAAGGUAAUACUGCCUCCUCCAAAGAAGAAACAUCCUGCCCCCAUCCAGAUCAGAAAGUCUGAAGGCAAAAAGUACAUUUUAAACUCAUUUGAGCCAGGUAUUAUCGAUGACUCUGAAGAGAAAGACCGAAUUACAAACAUGGCUCAGCGUGAUUUUUUGAUUCGCAGCUAUGGAAUUACAGAACAGUGUGAUGGCUGGAGCAGUCUCAAAAAUGAAUCCAUUAUUAACAUCAUAUUUUCAAAGCCUGAAUCAUUUUUUGUUGAGAUUGUAAUGACUAAAAGUAACAGCCGCAAUGCUGAGUAUCUUGCUCAGCUUUUCACAAAUGCUUUGGAGAAGCAUGAACCAGAAAAGUUUCUUGUGGUGAUAGAUGACAAUGCUGCAAACUGGAAAGCUAUCUACAAAGCAAUGAUGAAAAAUGGUACUUUGCGACCUAUUGAUGAACAGAAAUAUGGAUUGUAUGGGAAAUUGGGAUACAUAAACAAGAUGAUAACAGCAAAUGCACGAAGAUUCCCUCUAAUGACUGGAACACAGUGCGCAAAAAUGCAAUCUGAAGAAAAAGUACGAAGUAUGUUGUUAGAAACACAGACUGAAGAUGAUACUUUUCUGUCUGGAUCCCUUUUCCACAUAUCAGAUGCUAUAAAUGUGCAUCCUUUGGCAGCAGCACAGUUGCCCUCCAUGCAGUGUGCAUACCCAAGCAGCCAGUCACAUCGCACAGCUGUGCUACCCACACUACGUGCCCUCACAGCUGCUCAGCGUUGCCCUCGCGGCUCACGUUGCUCGUGGGCAACCACGUGGGCAGCUCUUGUGCCCACCCCUGGGCCAAAUGGUGGCCAGACAAAGCUGCCAGGUCUCAAAGUGACUUGCAACAACGUUCCAAUUCUCAAUCGGCCACAGAUAUCACAAAAUGUCUAUGGGGAGGAAAAUGGAAAAGAAGGAGAUAUCCGUUCAACGAAGACUCAGGCAGUUCGUUGUCUGACUAAUACAUUCAGAUUACAGGAACUUGAGAAAAGAGAGCACCACCAACAUCAAUGA